AUGACAUCAAAGGAGAAGCGGGAAGCUGAAUCCCUAAAGCCCCUAGAGGGAGACAAAAAGCAUAAUCCAACCAUGAAAUUGCUGAACCAGCACCUCCAACACAAGCCUGGAGUAUACGGUCAAAAGGUUCUUCAAAUUGAAGGUGAGAUCCAUGAACGUGAGGUUGGAAUUAAUCGAUUGAAUAGCCAGCAGAAGGCUACCGAGAAUGAAGUUGUGGGUCUUGAACAAGAGAUUGACCUGAGUUGUGUGUGUGGAAUGGAAGCUUUUAAAGCUUUGAUUGAGCAACAUUUUGAUGAGAAGAAAGUGAUUAAAGUUGAGCAUAAUGGCCAGAUUGUCCAGAUUUAUUACUUAUAG